CCUCACAUUUUACACUCCCCGCCGAUCCCAAUCAACUCCCCUGCCUUUACGCUGCCGCGCCGCCUGCUUUCCUUUCCAUCACCGGUAGUCCAUCUCCAUCUCCAUCUCCCCGUCAUACAUUCUCACAGCUCUCUGUUUUUUGAGCCACCGUUGUCCGAACGCCGCCAGCCUUCCACCUCAAAUCUCUCUCAAUGUCUCUACAAUUUCAAAUCCUAGAUAAUGGAUUAAGGGCGUUGCAGAAAGUCUCAGUGAUUUCAGGUCACUCAUUUUGCAGAGUUGUGUAAGAGCUUCUACUUAUGAUAGUCUUUGCUGAGUGCGAAAUGUAAAGAGAUGGAUUAUAAAAAUAAAUGGCUUACAAUCUUCAAUCCCUCAUCACCAUCCUACAACAAACCACGACUCGAAUCCUUACUGAAAAAGCCAGAUUUAUGCAGGAGAUUCUUGAAAAAUCUUCAUUUACAAAACUAGGAAGUUUGGAGAGGCAAAUCAGAGAUGCAACGUAUCAAGCAGAAGAUAUUAUUGAAUCACGCAUGGUUCAUCAAAUGCUUUGCACACCUCAAGGCAUGAGGUUUACUUUCGUCAUGCCAUAUCUACAAAAAGUAACACAACGGCUUGAUUCUGCAAAAGAACAAGUUGUGAAGCUUGUGGAGGGGAAGGCGAUGCUAACUCGCAGUGGUGCUUCUUCCUCGCAUCAUCUGACACCUGAUGUGCAUCAAGCAACGCAACAUCUUGAAUCUUUGAAGCAUGUGGAGGUGGAGGAAAAGGAGAUGUCAGCCAUCAGUUCAAGGAGUACUGGUGCACCUUCCUCGAGCUCGAAGAAGUACUUGGUGGGAAUUGAUGAAGAUCUGCUGCAGUUGAAGGAUCGGCUUACAAAUAUGGAGCGCAACCUGGAGAUCAUUCCCAUCGUUGGAAUGGGUGGAGUAGGUAAGACCACACUUGCUCGAAAGCUUUAUGAAGAUCCAUUGAUUGUUGAUCGCUUUGAUGCUCGUGCUUGGACCACAAAUUCACAAGAUUACAAUAUGCGAGCAAUUCUCUUAAGCCUUCUUCGUUGUGUAAUUGGGAAAGAAUGUGACCAACAUGCUAAUAAGGAAGAUAAUGAGUUAAAACAUAUUUUGUAUCAGAGCUUGUACGGUAGAAGAUACCAGAUUGUAUUGGAUGACGUAUGGAGCACAAAAUUUUGGGAUGAGAUAAGGAUGUAUUUUCCAGACAACAAUGAGGGGAGUCGAAUUGUGAUCACUACUAGGGAUUCAGGUGUGGCGAAAUAUGCCGACUCUUCGAGUCUGAUGCAUCAUGUGCAGUUGCUAAGCAAAUCUGAAAGUUGGAAUCUACUUCACCAACUUGUAUUUGGAGAAGAGGAUUGCCCUCUUGUGUUCCAAGAGAUGGGUCAAAAGAUUGCAAGUGACUGCGGCGGGCUUCCUCUAGCCAUCAAUGUGAUUGGAGGGCUACUGUCUAAGAUCGAAAAAUCAAAGGAUGCUUGGGAGAAAAUUGGGAACAGCGUAAUAGCUGCAAUCGCUCAAUCAGGCGAGCAGUUCUCUAGUAUAUUGUCUUUAAGCUAUAACCACUUGCCGAAUCACUUGAAACCUUGUUUCUUGUACAUGGGAGCUUUCCCUGAAGACUCCGAGAUAAAAGGAUCCACACUCGUACGAAUGUGGGUGGCCGAAGGAUUUGUAAAAUCUAAAGGCUCUUGUAGAGAGAAAUCUAUUGUUGGUUAGAGAAGUAGGAAAAACCAAAUAUAUACAACUUCCAUGAUAUGUUGAGGGAUGUAUGCAUUGGGAAAUCUGAUGAGGAGAAUUUUCUGCAUAUCAAGAAUGGCCCCAAUGUCACAUUCUCUAACCCGCGGCGGCGCUUGAUUGUCAACCCAUCACAUGGAAGUGAAGAUGUUAAUGGUUCAUCACAAGCACAGUCUAUGUCACUUUGAGCUUCCAUCUGGUGCCUUUUCUGCGUUAAGAUUGGUAAGGGUGGUGUUGGAUUUUAUGAGCCGUCUGAGCUAUCUAUGGCAGCUCCCUGAGUUAAGAAAUCUCAAGAUGAAUCAGUUAGAGUUGUUAAAAGACGAAGACAUGAAAUAUAGUAAUCUAUUGAAGCUGCAAAUGAUUCGGCGUCUGUAUCUAACUGACUCGCCAAAAAGGAUUGAGGAAGUGCAACAAUCUGAAUACGACAACUACGACGUCAGAUCUCGUAUCUCACGUGACCACCGUGCCACCAAGAGGAAAAGUGUAUCAUCUUAUUUUGGACGGACGGACGGAUGGAGUAUUAUAUUUUGAAAAUGGUUAGGUGGUAUUCAGUUUCCUAGAUAAAAUAGUACAACCAAGAUAUAAUAUAUGAUUAAGUUGUAAGAUUAUUUUAGUUGAAGGAGGUUGACUAAGACUAAUUAUCACAUGAUUAUUUUAUGAUUGAAUUAUGA